UCAGCUGUUUUUCAAUAUUUUGCACCACCGGUUGUCACAUUCAUAUGUAAAUAUUUCUUAUACAAAAUACAACUUAAGUUUGUAAGUUUCGAAAAGUAUACAAUAUUCAUUUAAGAGCAUGAAUGACAUAAAACGUUUAAAGGAUCAGCAACGUGAUAAACAUCCUGGUUUCGACGCAUACCUCAAUUGCAUGACUAGAGCACUUUUCUCAGGACUAGCUUCCUUUUGCUUGACUUUUUCCGGUUGUUAUUUUACACAAAAACUUGUACGAACAAAAAUACGCUACCCUAUUCAAUACAGCGUGCUUAGUUCGGCUUUAGUGGCAGCUAGUGUAUCCUAUACAACCACUACAACGCGCACUAAAGCUUGCCAAGCGGCUUGGAUGGCGGCCGAAGAUAUGCAUUCGGUGUUGAAAGAGGACAGUUAUUAAACCAAUAUAAUUUAAAUAAAAAAUAAAUAUAUAUAUAUAGUUAUAAAAAUAUAAGAAUGUGGGUUAAAAGUUUUGCAACCAU